CCCUGUUGCAACCGCCUUCUUUUCAAGUUUUCUUUCCUUCCUUUCCCCUAGGGUUUUUUAAGUGCGUUUCCUUCGCACAAAAUAUGCUGCAGAAAACCCUUUCCUCUCUCUCUAAUUAAUCCAAUUACCCUCUCAAACCAUGGCCUGAUUCAGCUCCUCUUUUUUUUUUUUUUGGGGUGGCAGUCCUGGAAUGGAAAUGUAUAAUGUUUCUGAACAUGGAAACACAGAGACUUAUCUGAUUCAAGGUGCUGAAUCAAACCCACACCUGACAAAUCCAUUACUUGAACAAAUUGGAGCCAUGUACAACGAAGGAGCCCCUGAAUUUGUUGUUGAUCAGGGCUUGUAUUAUCCUGCUGCCACCAACUAUGGAUAUUAUUGUACAGGAUUUGAAUCACCUGGUGAAUGGGAGGACCACCAAAGGAUUUUUGGUGUAGAUGGUCCGGAUAUUCAGUAUGCGGGUGCACAAAAUGAAAGUUCGCCUUAUGUAUAUUAUACGCCUGGCUAUGGAUAUGCACAGUCGCCAUACAACCCAUACAAUCCUUAUAUACCUGGUGCUAUGAUAGGUGUUGAAAGUCAAUUUGUAGGGGCACAGCAGUAUUACACUAUCCCCCCUUAUCAGAACCCUGUCUCUCCUCCUGCUUAUGUUCCCUUCUUCGUUCAACAAGAUAUUGUCCCUAGUACUUCAGCCGAAACCUUGUAUGAUACCCGUGCAUCAAUGAAUAGGCCUGAAGGAAGAGGUUUGAAACAGAACUUCAGUUCAGCUACAGGAGCCCUGCCUAGGAACUCCCUAAAAUCUGUUCCGAAUCAGACAAGUUCCCUGGACAGGGUAUCAGAAGGCCCAAGAGCCCAUGUUGGACCUAGCAAACAAUCUACAAUACAUGGGAGUGCUGUUGGUAGUUUCCCCUCUCCGGUUUCAACGAAUGUUCUUCAGAGUAGAAAUGCCUCUGGCUCAGUUCCAGCCGUGGAUAACAUUUCCAAUGGAAAGGUUCUAUCUCAUCAAAGCCAAUUGAAAGUAACUCUCCCUAUCGGUAAUGGUUUAUCUGGCUUUGGAUCAAGUGCUUAUGGACAGGCUGGAGGGGCCAAGAUACGGCCCAAGAUCCAUGUUGGUAGAGCAAUGAAUGAGGCAAUUGGAAGCCCAGAUGCAUUGGGUGAGCAGAAUCGGGGCCCUAGAAUUAACAGAUCAAAAAAUCAACUGGCUGUCAAAGCCUACACAAACAGGGCUGGAGAGGAUGUGCAGGGAAAUAUUAUUAUCUCUACUGAUCAGUAUAACAAGGAUGAAUUUCCCAUUGAUUACGUGGAUGCAAAGUUUUUCGUAAUAAAAUCAUACAGUGAGGAUGAUGUGCACAAGAGCAUUAAGUAUAACGUUUGGUCAUCUACACCCCAUGGAAACAAGAAGUUGGAUACUGCUUAUGAAGAUGCGCAGAGAAUAGGUGCAGGAAAGACUAGAAGCUGUCCUAUCUUCCUCUUCUUCUCUGUUAAUGCAAGUGGUCAAUUCUGUGGUGUUGCAGAGAUGGUUGGCCCAGUUGACUUCAAUAAGGAUAUGGAUUUUUGGCAGCAAGAUAAAUGGAGUGGGAGCUUCCCUGUGAAGUGGCACAUCAUCAAAGAUGUCCCGAACACCAAUUUUAGACACAUAAUUUUAGAAAAUAACGAGAACAAACCAGUGACUAAUAGCAGAGACACACAAGAGAUAAUGCAUAAGAAAGGUCAGGAGAUGAUGAAGAUCUUCAAAAGUUUCACGUUAAAGACGUCUUUACUUGAUGACUUCAUGUACUAUGAAACUCGUCAGAAAAUCAUGCAGGAAGAGAAAGCCAGGUUACUUGUUAAAAGCUUUGAUGGUCCUUAUUUUGUACCUGCAUUGGAUCCCCCUCGCAAGCUAAAUAGUGCUCUUGAGCUACCUCCAAGUGAAGUUGAAAAUACUACCAAGCCCAAUGAUGGUCCAAAAAGCUCAAUAAAGAUUGGUGUCUUUGCUCCCAAGCAGGUUUCUUAUAAUUCUGAUGUUACCAACACAAGUAUCGAACAUGGAAAUGCCGAGCAAAUUGCAGUCAAGGCAAAAAAUGAUGUUGUAUCUACUUUAAAGAUUGGUUCGGUUACCAUAAGCCCCAAGCAAGCUGAGCCUAAGCCCUUGCCAGCUGCCGGGAUGGCUAAUACUGAAUCUGUUGAUGUCGUAACUGUAGGCUCGGUGCCCAUCAAAGUUAAUGGAUUUGCUGAAUCUGGUUUUCUAACAGUUGGGACCAUUCCGCUUGAUCCCAGGGCACUGCAGCUUGAGAAGGGGAGUGGUUCUGUCAACAAUGGAUCCCAACGUUAAUGAUGCAGAGAUUUUUCAUGGCAUUCGUUGUCUUGGGAACUAUUUUGUUGGAGGAUGUUCUUUCUAGCUUUUGUGCAGGCAGAUUAAUGUCAACAUCGAGGACAUCAUACUGAAUCGCCGGGUUUUAUUCGUUGAUAAAUUGAAAUGCUUGUUUCGAAUCAUCUUGAUUGGUUUUCACUCCCUCCACGUUUGCUGCGGUUGUUUUGAUCCACGCUUACACUCAUGUCUUGGUUUUCUUCUGGGCUUCUUUGUCGUUGCUCUGCUCGAAUCAAGUCGAAUACCUUGUAAUCU